AGUCAUUAACGAAAUGGAUUUGGGUGAGCGCACACCAUGCAUUUCCAUUACAUGGGCAUUAUUAAUCAUAGUCUGUCAAGCGAUGUGCGAGUCUCUAUGUGUGAGCGAGAGUCCGAGCCAGAACUUUGUGUCCGUUCUAAGUGCUGCCUACCACAGCCAUCGCAUACUCUGUCUAACCGCCAUGGGCACUUUGGCUUUGAUGCUUCUCGGCUGUCUGGGUUGUCUGUGCUGCAGCUGCUCUUGCCUGGCAAGACGAAAAGCUGAGAGCCUGGACGCGUACGCUCCACGCACGCAGAGUAUUGUAUGGCCGUCCAUACCUGCAGAGACAGCUCAUGUGCUACAGUUGACCUUUCUGCACACUCCCAACGCGGUGGACUGCAUCUGCCGGGGCUGCAGCAAUUCGCGGAAGGAGCAUUGCCUGGAGGAUUGCUUGAAUGGAACCGAAUCAAAAAUCAAAGAAGUAACAAUGCAACAUCUAAUGAAGGCGGGAAAAGAAAAUCUGAUGAAGUUGCUGCUGCUACUGCUGCUGCUCAUAGUUUACCCGCAGUUCCUGCAGGCCAACAACUUUACAGAUUAUGGCUGGUUAAAUGAGACAGACUUCGUAGAGGAUGUCGAUAAUACAACGACGAAUUCAAAUGGUUUUAUGAUUACUAGCAACAAUAACAAAAAAAAUGUUCAUCAUGUUUUUAUGGAUCCAUUGAGGAGAGUGGCAUUUGUGGCCCUGAUGCUGCACAUUCUGAUCGUUGGUGGAGGUAUUAUCAUCUACAGUGUUGCCUGCUGCAAGUCACGCUCGAAUAGAAGACGACUGUCGGGUCUCAAGCGACGUCUACAGAGUCCACCUACACUGCAGCAUAUACCAAAUUCCCAAAGUUGUCCCUGCCAUGGCUGUCGUGUGGCGAGGCAGAUGCUUAGCGGCCUAAUAGUACAGCAAAUUAUUACCGAGCGUUCCGAGCGUUAGCGAUUUAAAUAGACGU